AUGAUACCGACAACUAAUAGAAAUAAACUAAAUAUGAAUUGCAACGAGGAGUCGACGCCAUUUGAACCUGUUCGAGUGAUUGAUAAGCAAUCGUUGGAUUAUGUAUUAAGGUCUGGGGUCUCGGGUGGUUUAGCUGGAAGUGCAGCUAAAACUCUAAUUGCCCCAUUGGAUAGAGUAAAGAUUCUCUUUCAAACGUCAAACCCAGAAUUUUUAAAGUAUAGAGGCAAGUUUUCAGGACUCUUUCGUGCAAGUAAGCGAAUCUGGUCCAACGAUGGGUUUUAUGGGUUAUUUCAAGGUCAUUCGGUUACUUUGUUAAGAAUCUUCCCCUAUGCAGCUAUUAAGUUUGUUGCUUAUGAGCAAAUCAGAACUAUUUUGAUCCCAACGGAUUUACACGAAACUGCAAUUAGAAGAUUUAUGGCUGGUUCAUUAUCUGGUUUAGCAAGCGUUUUCUUUACAUAUCCAUUGGAUUUACUUAGAGUUAGAAUGGCAUUUGAAACUAAGCAUUUACACAACGAUGACAUAAGGGCUAAUAGUCGUCAACACAUCAUAGCGCAGCAUCGAGGACGAUUAAGUACAACCGUUCGAGAAAUAUUAAAUGAACGCCCACCCCAUAAAGUAAAUGACCCUACCUGGUUCAAACUCAUGAGACAGAAUUUGCCUCCGUCAGUAAUGUCAUUAUCAAACUUUUACAGAGGGUUUGCUCCAACUAUUUUGGGAAUGAUUCCCUACGCGGGGGUAUCAUUCUAUACGCACGAUUUGAUCCAUGAUAUCUUGAGAUCCAAAUAUUUAUCGAAGUACACUGUUCAGUCAGCAGGUGCUCUUUCCCACUCGAUUUCCACUUCAUCUUCAAGCAAUAGAGUUAUUAGAAAAUCUUCGAGCAAUAAAGACCAAAUAAAUUCAAGAGAUUCCAGGUUGCCUUUGAAAGCAUAUGCGCAAUUACUAGCAGGUGGACUCGCCGGUAUGUGUUCACAAACUGCUGCAUAUCCAUUUGAAGUUAUAAGAAGAAGAAUGCAAGUGGGUGGUGCGGUAAAUCAAGGGCAACAUUUAUCAUUCAAAUCCACGGCAAAAAUAGUUUAUAGAGAAAGCGGAUUUAGAGGCUUUUUUGUUGGUUUAAGUAUUGGCUACAUAAAAGUCAUCCCGAUGGUUGCAUGUUCAUUUUACGUUUACGAAAGAUGUAAAAUGUUUUUCGGAAUAUGA